AUGAAUCGAAAACCAGGAUGGAUCGGGCUUCUUGUCUCACGCCUCGCCAACCGGAGGUUUGUCUUUGCCCUCGCCGUCUUGGCUGUCUGCGGUGCCAAGGGCGCACAUCUCCACAACCAUCGCUUUUCAGUGGCUCCAAAGCGCAUGGUGCUCUUCUUCUUCUCCUUCUUCACUCAAGACAUAUUACUUCUACUCCUCAUCAGGCUUCUGCUUAGCCACUGGACACCCAGCUCACCGGGCAGGCUACGAAUACUCAUUUCAGCUCUUACCACCUUUUUAAUAUCCUACAAUGUUUCACUCGGCAUCGUGUCCGUAUCAUUUUACCUUGUCGCAGGAUCCGAGAUUCACUGGCGCAACAUCGGCUUCGUUGCUGACCCGGCAGCGAGGACUGUUCUUCUCUCAGGGCUCGUGACCUUUGUCGUCGUUGUGUCGCUUGCCAUUUUUGCGAGCGCGGUACUUCAGGGUGCCUGCUAUGGACUCUUUGGAUGGGGAGCAGACAUUGUCAACUGGCCAUUCUCCUGCAUUGGACGGAAGCUGAGUCGCGUUCAAGGUGGCUACUAUCAACUUCCUCAACACAACGGUCACCGCUACACCAAGGACGACGACGAAAAGAGCUCCGGAGUAAGCGUCAAAUACAGCGAGAAGCCCAAGUCAUCAUCGCUUUCACGACCCCCGCUGAGAACCAAGUGCCUCUGGCGCGCCUUGCCGUACGUCGUCGUCUCGAUUCUCCUCGCAGCUCUUUUCAUUCUCUCAUUCUUGAGACCCAAGGAUUCUUCCCUGAUUUUCCUGUCAUGGACCAGCGGUCUUUUGCCCUUUGUCGACUUUGCAUCGACAUCACCAUUCCUGGACGAUCUACCCUCUUACUAUGGAAACGGCAUCCAGCGCAGCUGGGACACACGAACGGCCCUUAUCAAGUCAUCACCUUGCUCCUGGAUGCCAAAGGACUCGCCACUUGCCGGUUUUGAGGAUUGGUAUACCGACGAGACGCACUAUAGCGCGGCUGCCGACCCGCUCAAGAUAUCGAAUCUCGAUGAGCCCUUGCUGAAAGAGCUACGGGGGAAGCUAAAGGACAUUUCGAUUCGACACGUUGUCAUAAUCCUGUUGGAGAGUACCAGAAGCGAUGUGUUCCCCAUCAAGAAGGAUGGCUUGAUCUGGAACCGGUUCGCCGACACAUGGCCAGAUGGCAAACUCCCUCUAGAGGUCCAGGACAAGAUGGCCAGUCUCACACCGACUGCCAACUUCAUCACGGGUGACUAUGACGACGGAUUUGAACACGAAGAGAAAAAGAAACGUGGUGGAAUCCGCUUCACCAAUGCUCACACUGCUGGAACGUACACCCUCAAGAGCAUGGUUGGCACAGUUUGCGGCGUGGCGCCCCUGGUCGGUGACUUCAACCUCGAAUACAGUCAUCAUAUCUAUCAGCCCUGUCUUCCUCAUGUUUUUGAGGCCCUGAACAAGGCAGGAGACUCAAAGACGGAGCCGAAUGACAAGGAAUCGAGCUGGAAGUCUUAUUAUUUCCAGGCCGCCACCCUCGACUAUGACAACCAAAACAGCCUGAUGGCCGCUAUGGGCUUCCCUAAAGAACAUACCAUCGGUCGAGAGUACCUUCGAAGCCCGGCUGCAAAACAUGGCCCUGUCACGCUUCCCAAUAUCAACGAAUUCGCUUUCGAGGAGGACCCCCUUGAAGACUACAUCCGCGAUAUUUUUGUCGACGCCGGCAAGACAAACGACCGAGUCUUUCUUACUCACCUCACGAGCACCAGCCACCACCGCUUCCACUUGCCAGCAACCGAAAAGUACACCCAGAUGGCCAAGGGCCUCGACAUGAUGUCCCGUUACAUCAACACGGAGGGCUACGACGAUAGAUGGAUCCGCAAGAUCCUCAACCUACUUGACGAACAAGGAGUUGCCAACGAAACAUUGGUUAUGUUCCUCGGAGAUCACGGUGUCUCCCUCCCUGAAAACAACUUUGCCUCCCCAUACUACAACCCUAAUAUCGGCGUUGAUCACGUUCCUCUGGUUCUCUCGCACCCUCAACUACCGGCUUUCGACUCACACGGCGCUGUCCAAUCCUCUCAAGUUCUACCGACGAUCCUCGAUAUGCUUCUUGAAACUGGAUCCUUGAGUGAAGCGAGCCAAAAGGCUGCCGCGGAUCUCAUCCGCAACUACGAAGGGCAGUCUCUUUUGCGGGAACUGAAUGUGGUCAAUGAUCAUACUGGCCAAGGGCAAUGGCAAUUCACAGUCACCAACCCAGGCCGAGCAAUGCUCACUGUCCGUGACGCCCGUUAUCCCGAACGACAUCUCGUCGUGCCUGUCAUCGAGAACGUUGAGUGGCGAUUAAGCAACCUCACAUCCGAUCCUCAUGAACUCAACUCGGUACAAAACUUUGACUUCGUGUCAUUUUUGCAAGGCGUAGAAGAGAUGCAUGGUCGAGAGUGGGCGGAAUGGGUCGAGGAGGGCGCCUUUAUAACCCGGUGGUUCGUAAAGGAGAAUAGCAAACGCUGGCGUUUCGAUCAUAAGGGCUAA